AUGUUAGUACAAAAGUUGAAUUUGGCUGCGUAUUUUUUGAGUGACGCCUGUUUGACUUCCAUGCUUUCGGAAGUUCCGACGAAUGAUCAACAGCACUAUAUGGUUGUGGCUUGUCUGAACGUGAUCGGAGCUUGGGAUAUUCGGCCUAGGAUUGGUGCAUUAGCAGAGGUUGAUGGAUCUCAAGGCACCGUUGUACGAAUCACCCCUAAAGGCAAACUGUGGAUACAGGUUCACGAAAACGGAGAUGUCAAGAAAGUCCCCAUCAACAGCCUGAAAUUGGUAGGUGGACCAGAUUUCAAUUUCGAUAGGAUGUUGCUUGGUGAGAAUUUCGUCAAAACGUGGGCCAAUCUCCUCAUGUUCAGACAGUCGUUAAACGGCCACGACAGAAAAUCACAUCACGGUCAAGUCAAUCUGGCUUAUCUAAGAACACAGCAAAAUAUAUUGUACGCCUUGAACGCCACCAGAAUCCUCCACACCAACCAAUACAAACUGCGCAAAGUUCUAAAGUAUCCAGUAAACGGAAUGGACCAAUCCCAAGAACAGCAAUCCAUAGAAGAAGAGCUGAACCAACAACCGGUGCUGUUGAUUCAAAAGCUACUGGCCAAAUCCAUCCAGCCGAGUCCUCUUAAACCUGGCUUUACUAUUCAAGAAAUGCAGUUGGCCGCGUUGAACUUGAGCCAGUUUCUGGCAGCAGAAGGCACUUUUGAAACUCCUCCUUGUAUAAACAACGAAAAAACUACGCCUAAGAAUGGUACUAGGUGUAAUAGCGAACUGGCAACGCCGAAUAGUGAAUGCUCGGUUAAUAGUGUUGUCAGUGAGCGUACUAAUAAACGAAGGGAACUAGAAGAUGAAACGCCGCCUCAUCCGAUGGUGUCGCAGAUUGUAGAGAUGGGAUUCACGAAGAAAGCAGUUGAAGCGGCUAUUAAGUCGUUAGCUAUAACGCCUGAGAGUUAUACGACCCCCGAGUCGAUAGUAAGUUGGCUGCUUGAACACCCUGAAGUUGCAGCUGAAGAUAGUGACUCGCUCAGUUCGGUGUAUGAUUCAGAAACAGAGUCUAUAUCGUACGACAAUGCUUUAGGAGCUCAAUCCCUAAAUCCUUACGGAGACGAGAAGCAUCAAUCAUACGCUAGAAGAUCCCAGUUUCUGUCAAACGACGAAUAUGCCAUGUACGUCAGAGACAAUGCAGAAGUAGGGAUGCUGGUACGUUGUUGUAAAAGCUACGAAGAAGUACAGCUCGGUGAUAUUGGGAAAAUAGUAAAGAUAGACAGAGAGGGGCUGCACGAUUUAAAUCUACAAGUAAAUUGGCAACACAAAAUCAGUACGUACUGGGUAAGAUUCAUACAUAUAGAACUACUAGGAUUCCCUCCGUCUUUACCCGCUCCAUCUACGAUCAAAGUUGGGGAUAAGGUCCGCGUAAAACCCAACGUUACGACCCCCAGAUACAAAUGGGGCUAUGUGACACACGACAGUGUUGGUAUCGUUACAGCGAUAUCUCCCAAUGGACAUGACUUGACUGUUGAUUUUCCGAAACAGCACAAUUGGACCGCUUUGAUUAGUGAAAUGGAGAUCGUGCCGUCGUGCCACGAAGGUGUUAGCUGCAAUGGAUGCUGCAUCAUACCCAUAAGAGGACCAAGGUUUAAAUGCAAGACCUGUGAUAGUUUCGAUUUAUGUGAUAACUGCUUCUACACAAAGAAGAACCAUCGACACUCCUUUUCGAGGAUUGAUGAACCAGGUUCUCCGGAAGUCCACGCAGGCAGAGCUGGUCGUUACUACAGACACGACACAGUAGACUUAGACGGCGAACUGAUCACCGAAUGGGGCAGAAUAGUCAAAAACGUGAAUGUGUCAUCAAAAUACGCCGUCAGAUUCGAAAUACCUGGAACGAUAUGGCAGAGUUGCGGUUCCCAAGGGAAGCAUUGGAUUCGACUUGAUAUAUUUCCCGAUAUAACCAUAAAGAGCUUAAAAGUGGGAGUUGAUCCCGGGGAUAACAGCUAUAUGCCUUCUGUCAUCUCUGUAAAUGGAGGAUAUGCUGUUAAUUCCAUGACAGAACUCAGUGUCGUAAAUGUCAAGAAGUAUGAUACCAGUGUUGUUCUGCUGUCAAAUGUGGACAAGCACUAUCCCUUAAUUGAGAUAAAUAUCGUAAAAUGCAGAAACAACGGCAUAGACUGCAAAAUUCACGGUAUUACCAUCACAGGCAUUAAAAAACAGUCUUAUGGAGAAUUGAAAUCGUCUGUGUCGUUUCUGGCUAAUGACUGGGAUCUUAGCCAAGACUCUUCAUCCGGCCCAUCGAUGGUUACAGUCACUCAAGAACCUAACAGCGAGUGCGCCCAAAACACGAACGGUUACAAAGUGUACGUUUGGGGCUUAAACGAUAAGGACCAGCUGGGCGGAAUGAAAGGUUCCAAAGUGAAACUACCCAUACUCUCAGAUUAUCUAAGUCAGUUGAAGCCGAUCCAUAUAGCAGGUGGAUCAAAAUCCUUGUUCAUUGUAUCGCAAGAAGGAAAACUAUACGCCUGCGGGGAAGGGACAAACGGUAGGUUGGGUCUAGGACACAGCAAUAACGUUCCGACCCCACGGCCUAUACCGUUUUUAAGUCAAUAUGUUAUUAAGAAAGUAGCCGUACAUUCGGGCGGCAAACACGCUAUGGCGCUGACUUUAGAUGGCAAAGUAUUCUCGUGGGGCGAAGGUGAAGACGGCAAGCUUGGGCAUGGUAAUAGACUGAAUUUGGACAAACCACGCAUGAUCGAGGCGUUAAGAAGCAAGAAGAUCAGAGAUAUUGCUUGUGGCAGUUCACAUUCGGCAGCGAUCACUAGCAGCGGAGAGUUGUUUUCGUGGGGAUUAGGCGAAUAUGGACGACUGGGUCAUGGAGACAACGUGACUCAACUCAAACCAAAACUGGUAAAGACUCUCGUUGGUCAUCGUAUCGUCCAAGUGGCUUGUGGUAGUAGAGAUGCUCAAACUCUAGCUCUAUCGGAUGAGGGUCUAGUUUUCUCGUGGGGAGACGGAGACUUUGGCAAAUUGGGCAGAGGAGGUUCAGAAGGUUGUAACGUCCCUCACAACAUCGAACGACUAAACACCUUGGGCGUUAUACAAAUCGAGUGUGGGGCUCAGUUUUCUUUGGCUUUAACUAAAGCUGGAGAUAUUUGGACGUGGGGUAAAGGGGACUAUUUCAGGCUAGGGCAUGGAACUGAUCAGCAUGUUCGAAAGCCGACUGUGAUUGAUACUCUACGAGACAAAAAGAUAAUUCAUGUAGCUGUUGGUGCUUUGCACUGUCUGGCUGUAACAGAGAGCGGUCAAGUAUUCGCCUGGGGGACAACGACCACGGACAACAAGGCAACGGUACCACCGUUGUCAACAGAAAACCUGCUCUGGUCCAUGGCUUAGAGGAUGUUCACAUCAACAGAGUAGCUUGCGGCAGCUCCCAUUCAAUCGCUUGGACAUUGCAAGACACUCAAACGGUUUCGAAAGUAGAACCUGUCAUCUUUCCAGUAGCGAAAGAUCCUCUCGGUUCGUCCAUACUAGGUUUGUACGAUGGCGAGAAACCUCCAUUACGAUCGAAAGAUAAAAACGCGCCUACAUUAAGCAGUAUCGUGAUGUCUCUGGAGAGUAAUACGGCCAAACAGCAUGCUCUACAACAUAUUUUAAACGCUAUGCACAUACAGCAGCUAAGACAGGCCAUCGUCAGAGCUCUGUGCAGUCAUACCAACAUAAAAAAUAAUGCCAAGCAAGUAAUUUCCCCCGAUACACCGUUAGAGAGGUCUGUGAUGAACGCAUCGUCGCUAAACAAAGAUGGAGAAAUUGCAUUUGGGGGAGGAGAGGCACCAGUAUCGAUUGCGGAAAUUGCUGCAGUAAAUAGUCCAAAUCCAACCUCGCCGGAAACGGAAGAAAACCCCAUGGCCCUACUGCAGUCUAUGACAGCCAGCAGUUGUUCGGCCAGCAUGUCAUCAAAGCACUCCAGAAUGUCAACCAGUGCCAUGUCUGUAAUAGCUGCAACUCUCACCUCCCACGCCGAGGUCAUAGGCGACGGCGGUCUUACCGGUCUAGACGAAUUUACCUCCCUUCUAACAGAAAACGAUGCUAGACUGUUGGUGGAUCUUUUAAAAUUAGGAGUAGCUGACAGGAUCGAAGACGAACAAGCCAAAGACAUUUUAUCGUCGGUGCUGAUAACUAUGGGCGCAGCUAACCAGUCAAUAGGCGCUAUGCUGCUAGAACUUUGUGUAACCGAGUUGGAAGAUACUAACAAUAGCACUCAGAAUUUGUCCACUACUCCACACCCUGUUGUUCAAGAAUCUAGCCAUCCAUACAUAGAUGAUGUCACUAUAAAAGGUCACGUUCGUCUUCCAGGAACAGAUGCAUUACGUGUAGAGUUCGACAGAAGAUGUUCAACCGAAAGAAGGCACGAUCCUCUACAAAUAAUGGACGGUACUGGACGAGUUGUCGCAACCAUGUCAGGCCGGGAAUGGAGUGACUGGUCUUCCGAGUUAAGAAUACCAGGUGAUGAGUUAAGAUGGACUUUUACUACCGAUAGUUCGGUCAACGGAUGGGGAUGGCGAUUUACCGUGUACCCCGUGAUGUCCAGUCACGGUUUAAGCGAAUUAGGUUCGGACAGGGCCGUAUUGAGUCAACCCUCGAUGGAUAUGGUAAUGUGCCUGCUGGAUCCAAAAUUAUAUCCGUCUGCAGAUUCUGCCUUAAUGUCCAGACUAGCCGCCGCUCUUGCAGCAUGUUCGCAAUUAAGUUUUCUAUCUCCAAGUCAAAGGAUGUGGUCGCUUCAACGAUUGCACAGGCUUUUGGUCGGAGAAGAUGAAAGAGGAGAAAUAGUUCCUUUGCAGUUACAAGAACUUAAAGCUCCUGAUAGUGCUCUGGGAUCUCUGUUAGAAGAACUACCACAAGCUCUGCUAAGACAGUAUGAGUAUGAAGAUGGUUCUGUUAGAGCCGGUUUACAUUUGAUGCAUUCAGACUUCUUCAAAGUUUUGGUAUCUUUGGCGAGUGACUUAGAGAUGGACAAAAUGGCGAACAUAGUAGAUAACCACAAAUGGUCCUGGUUCCGACGGUACUGCCACGCAGCGAGGGUAGCCAAAGCGUUAAUCCAUAGAACUGAACUGCCUAUGACCUUUUGUCAAGAAGUUAGAAAAAAAUUGAGUGACUCUAGUGGAGAGGGAUCCAGCGAGUAUUGGGAACACGAGAAGCAUUCGUUGUUUAAAAGAGAACAUGAUGAGCAGUUACUUAUCUGGUUAAAUAGGAGACCAGAAGACUGGACGUUAAGUUGGGGUGGAUCCGGAACCAUCUACGGCUGGGGACAUAACCACAGAGGACAAUUAGGAGGAGUGGACGGAUGCAAGGUUAAAACACCAACAGCUUGUGAAGCUUUGUCAACUCUUCGACCUGUACAACUUGUAGGUGGAGAACAAACUCUUUUUGCGGUCACUGCUGACGGAAAAGUCUACGCGACGGGUUAUGGUGCUGGAGGAAGACUUGGGAUCGGUGGUACCGAUUCAGUUCUAGUGCCAACAUUAUUAGAAAGUAUUCAGCAUGUUUAUAUCAAGAAGAUCGCUGUGAAUUCGGGGGGAAAACAUUGUUUAGCGCUUUCGGCAGAUAACGACGUAUAUUCUUGGGGCGAAGGUGAUGACGGAAAGCUGGGACACGGUAAUAGAUUCUCGUGCGAAACUCCGAAACUGAUCGAAGCCCUCCAAGGAUAUGAAAUUAUUGACAUAGCUUGUGGCGGGGCUCAUUCGGCUGCUAUAACGUCUUCGGGUCACUUAUACACCUGGGGAAAAGGUCGGUAUGGACGAUUGGGACACGGUGACAGCGAAGAUCAACUAAAACCAAAAUUGAUUGAAGCUUUAUUGGGCUACAAAGUUAUCGACGUAGCUUGUGGUUCGGGCGACGCUCAAACGCUGUGUAUAACCGACGACGACAACGUUUGGUCGUGGGGCGACGGCGACUAUGGAAAAUUAGGAAGAGGCGGAUCUGACGGUUGCAAAGUUCCUAUGAAGAUUGAAAGUUUAGCCGGAUUGGGAGUUAUCAAAGUCGAGUGCGGAUCGCAGUUUUCGGUGGCGCUUACGAGAUCUGGAAGCGUUUAUACGUGGGGUAAAGGUGAUUACCAUCGAUUAGGCCACGGUACGGGCGACCACGUACGAAGACCGAAAAAAGUGGCGGCUUUGCAGGGUAAAAAAAUCAUCUGCAUAGCGACGGGAUCUCUUCAUUGCGUCGCAUGUUCCGACGAAGGAGAAGUUUAUACGUGGGGAGACAACGACGAAGGGCAGCUAGGAGACGGUAGUACGAAUGCUAUACACAGACCGAGACUAGUGACUCAUUUACAGUCUAACGUGAAAAAAAUCACAAACGUCGCCUGCGGCUCUGCCCAUACUCUCGCAUGGUCUACGAGCAACGCAAGCAGCGCCUGCGCCCGACUGCCGUUAAUAGCUCCACUGGAAUACGACCUUCUUCAAGAUAUCGCUUCCAUGGUUCUACAUUGCCGAUUAGUUCUUUUACACCAUUUCGCCGAAUUGAUCUGCCCUUGCAUCACUAUGUUCCCUAUCACCGGACCGGACUCGCUGCACGAGUUACGAAACAUCUUGAUUUAUUCCAUUAAAGAGGCUACGUUUAGGAAAGUCGUGCAAGCUACGAUGGUUAGGGACAAACAUCACGGACCUGUGAUCGAGCUUAAUAGGAUACAGGUUAAGAGAUCUAGAUCACGUGGUGGAUUGGCCGGUGUAGACGGAAUGAAGUCGGUGUUUGGCCAGAUGGUGACCAAAUUGCCACUCUUAACAUCCGAAACGUUGGCGUUGCCUCAUAGAAUAUGGAAAGUCGAAUUCGUAGGUGAGAGUGUCGAUGAUUGUGGUGGUGGCUACAGCGAAAGCAUCGCAGAAAUGUGCGAUGAACUACAAAACGGCUCCUUGCCCCUACUCAUCCCCACUCCGAAUGGCAGAGACGAAGCUGGCGCCAACAGAGAUUGCUUUAUUUUAAACCCACUAGCCAAAACUUGUCUGAACCUCAACAUGUUCAGGUUUCUUGGCGUUCUAAUGGGCAUCGCAAUAAGAACGGGAUCACCUUUGAGCUUAAACCUAGCCGAACCAGUUUGGAAACAAUUAGCGGGAAUAGAAUUGACGCCCGCUGACUUGACUGAAAUAGAUAGAGACUAUGUACCAGGAUUGUUAUGUAUUAGGGAUAUGGCUCCGGAGGAGCCCCUGUUUCAAAACUUGGAGAUGCCGUUUUCGACUCCGUCUUCGUGUGGAACUGAUGUACAUUUGAGUACUAGAUACAAGAGGAUAACAUUCGAAAAUCGACUGGAGUACGUCAGGCUUGCCUUAAAUUUCAGAUUGCACGAAUUUGACGAACAAGUAAAAGCUGUGAGGGACGGUAUGUCGAGAGUGGUUCCCGUUCCAUUGCUGUCACUUUUUAGUGGAUACGAACUGGAAACCAUGGUCUGCGGAUCACCUGAUAUACCGUUAACACUUCUUAAGUCAGUAGCUACUUAUAAAGGAAUCGACAGCAGCGCUCCGCUAAUCCAGUGGUUCUGGGAAGUGAUGGAAGAAUUCACGAACCAGGAACGAUCUCUAUUUUUACGCUUCGUUUGGGGUAGAACGCGUCUUCCUAGAACAAUCGCAGAUUUCAGAGGCAGAGAUUUCGUGAUACAAAUCCUCGACAAGUAUACGCCUCCCGACAACUUCCUACCCGAAAGUUACACAUGCUUCUUUUUGCUUAAAAUGCCUAGAUAUUCGUGCAAGCCUAUUUUGCAUCAAAAAUUAAAGUACGCUAUCCACUUCUGCAAGUCAAUCGACAAGGACGAGUACGCACGCGUUGCGAUGACAGGCGACUUGGCUGUGAGUUCAAGUUCGGAUGCGGAAAGUGACCCAGAGAUGGACAGCAGUCACUGA